UCUUCCUUCAUGUAAGUUUUUUCUGUUAUGUAUUAUAGACUUGCUUAUGAUUAAUGUAUUAUAUUUCAUUAUAUUGAAAUUAAGUUGGUGUGUAUUUAACCCUGUAAUCGCUUAAAUUAUAUUUCUAUUGAGAAAAUAUUUCUAUGGUUAGGUUUGUUGGUUCCUAACGAAAUUAUGUUUUUGUGCAGAUUGGUAUAAGUUUUUUGACAUGCAUGGGUCGUUCAGCACCUGAUAUCAACAUCGAACCUGAGCAUUGUCCAGAAGCUGUUAUCGAAUGGUACCACAAAGCAAGUACAGGCAGAAGCGAUGUGGCCUUGAAAGCUAAACAACAUCUUCUUUUCUUGGGUUGGAAGUUAUGGUAUUUUGACAAAACAUGUAAGUGGGAAAUGCGUUAUACUAAUACCAAUGGCAAAACCUUUGCCAGUCUUAAGUUGGCCUGUCAGAGUUGUAUUGAAAGUGGAGGAUGUUCCCUCAAACAACCUUCAACUGCAGCAACAACAAAAUCAAUUUCUUCGUCUCAAUUACAGUCGAAAAAGAGACCGAGAGAAUCCCAAGUAACUGGUGAAGAAGAUGGAGUUUUUUCCCGCAAAAACCCUUAUUUAGCCGCAGCGCCACCAGCAACAUCAAACUUAUCGUUUCCAUUGCAGUCGAUGAGUCAACCGACAGAAUACAAAGAAGCCAUGGAAGAAGAUGAUUUUUUUUCCUUCAAACACCCUUCAUUCGCGGCACCACCAGCAGAUGAAACAUCAAUCUUUUCGUCUCCAAUGCAGUCGAUGAAUCAACCAAGAGAAUACCAAGAAACCAAUGAAAAAGAUGGAGGUUUUUCCCUAAAACAUCCUUCACCCGAAGCACCACAAGCAGCAGAAACAUCAAUCUUUUCGUUUCCAUUUCAGUCGUUGUUGCAACCGAGAGAAUACGAAGAAACCAAUGAAGAAAAUGGAGAUUUUUUCCUCAAACACCCUUCUACUGCAGUACCAGCAGCAGCAACAUCAAUCCCUUGGUCUCCAUUACAGCCAAAAGAGCAACCAAGAGAAUCAGAAGAAACCGAUGAAAAAGGAGGAUGUUCCCUCAAUCAACCUUCAACUGCAACACCAGCAGCAGCACUAGCAACAACAUUGAUCUCUUCGCCUCAAUUACAGUCGAAAGAGACCCUGAGAGAAUCCCAAGAAACCGAUGAAUCAACUUCUGAUGAGGAUUCUGACGAUAGUUCAACUUCAGAUGAGGAUUCUGAACCUUCCAAUCCUAGUUUUGGUAAAAAAGCUCCGGUGACUAUGGUCUCAACAUCAAAGGAAAAAGAGAAUCAGGCUAGUCAAUCUGAAUCCGAAGUUACUAAUUCGGCGGGAAGUUGUGAAAGAAGAAAGGUAUUAAAGCUGAGUGUAAUGGAGAAGAAUUCAGAGAGUUGUAAUAAUCGAGGGAAAGUAUUAAAGACGAGUAUGGUGGAUAAUAAUUCAGAGGGUUUCCGUAAAAGAGGGAUGGUAUUAAAGAGAGAAGGUGUAAGGGAAAAGUAUUCACUUGUUUCUUGGUUGGUAAAGAAUCAAGUGUUGGUUCCAGGGACUGAUGUGUUUUGUCGCGGUAGUAACAAUGUUGUCAAAAGAGGGAGUUUAUUUUCCGAGGGUAUAGUUUGUGAUUGUUGUCAUGUUAAUUUCACUGUCACUGGAUUUGAGGCUCAUGCUGGUUGUACAAGACAUAGACCAACUACUAGUAUCUUGUUGGAAGACGGAAGGUCGUUGUUGGAUUGUCAAAGGGAAGCUCAGAGUUUGCGUGAUCAAACCGGGAAUCAUUGUGUAGCCGAAGCAAAUUCUGAAGCAAAUAAUGAUAAUGUUUGUGGUAUUUGUGGUUUUGGAGGCGACAUAGUAUUAUGCGAUCGAUGUCCUUCUUCAUUCCACCUCAGUUGUUUAGGUCUCGAUCGAGUUCCGGAUGGUGAUUGGUUCUGUCCAACUUGUUGCUGCAAAAUAUGCUAUGGACCCAAAUGCAAAGAGGAAUGUGCAGAUCAAACUGAUAACAAUAUUCUUGCUUGUGUUCAAUGUGAGCAAAAAUUUCACUCUGGGUGCGUAAAGGCUAUAGGAGGAUUAGGACCUACUGAAACGGAGAGCAAUGUGAAUAAGAAGACUUGGUUUUGCAGUGUAGUUUGUGGGAACAUGUUCUUAUGUCUAAAGAAGCUGUUAGGGAAACCAAUUACGAUCGCAGAUAAUAUAACAUGGACAUUGUUGAAGAAUAAUGCGAGUAGUGAUUACGAUUAUGAUGGUGGAAAUAUUACUUCUAAUGACUUUAGUCUAAAUAAGAGAAAGUUGAAUGCGGCUCUUGGUGUAUUGUAUGAGAGUUUUAACCCAAGCAUUGAUGCUUUCUCCGGAAGAGAGUUGAUUAAAGAUGUUGUAUUUAGUAGAGACUCAAAACAUAAUCGUCUGAACUUUCGUGGUUUCUAUAACGUGAUUUUAGAGAAAAAGGGUGCAGUGGCUUCAGUGGCAACUAUAAGGAUUUAUGGUCCAAAGGUUGCUGAGAUAGUUUUCGUGGCUACCAAGGAACAAUAUCGAAAACAAGGAUUGUGUCGUUUGUUGAUGGACGAGCUUGAGAAGCAGUUGAUUCGCUUAGGAGUUGGGAGCUUUGUUUUGCAUUCAUCUGAGCAUGCUAUAAACACUUGGACAAAAUCAUUUGGCUUUAAUAGGAUGAGUGGUAAAGAAAAGUGUCAAUUUAUUGACAAUACUUUCUUAGAAUUUCAGAACAGUAUCAUGUGCCUUAAACGACUGAAUAGACCUAUAUGGCCUUACAUUGCUCGAUGAUAGGAUAGUUAUGCUAUG